AUGUGGCAUUUAGCUGCUUCACCCUUUGAUGGAUUACAGCAAGGUGACCUGCUCUCGCCUUUCCUAUUUCUGAUCUGUGCUGAGGGGCUUUCAGCAUUGAUUCGCUAUCAUGAAGAGAGACGUACAUUGAAAGGUUUUCGAUUUCAUCCCAGUGGAAGUGUUAUGAACGGGGAUCAGGGCAAUCAAUCAAUUAUGAUAAAAGCUCCAUAUUCUUUAGUCACAACUGCCCCAUGUGAACACGAUGACAAGCAGUGGACAUUCUAA